AUGAAGCAUACAGUAAAGCAUUACAGUGGCUUGGUGAUAAUCUGGAGCUGCUUUGAUUCCUUUGGCACUGGAAAUCUGCAGUGUGUGGAGGGCUGUGGUUUGGAAGUUCUCCUUGUGCUGUGUGGCUUGGAGCUGGCACAGCCAUGUCCACGCCACUGCAUCUGCUACAACUCACCCACCACAGUCAGCUGCCAAGCACACAACUUUCGGACAGUGCCUAAGGACAUCCCAGCUCAUAGUGAGCGUGUCUUUCUACAGAACAACAAAAUCCAACAGCUGCUUCAGGGUCAGUUUAGCCCAACCACCAUUGUGUUGUGGCUCUAUUCCAACAACAUAUCCUACAUCCAGCCGACCACCUUUAUGGGCUUCACCCGCCUUGAAGAGCUUGACCUCGGUGGCAACCGGUUCCUAAAAUCCCUGUCUGCCGAGACAUUCCAGGGCCUCGGGCGUCUCCGUGCACUCCACCUCUACCAGUGUGGCCUCCUGACCCUCCCUGCUGGCCUUUUUGAUGGCCUAAACAACCUGCAGUAUCUUUAUUUGCAGGACAACAAGCUGGAAUUUUUGGAGGAUGACAUGUUCAUAGACCUCCUUAACCUCAGCCACCUAUUUCUGCAUGGCAACCGGUUGUGGAGCCUUCAUCAGAACACCUUUCGUGGUCUUGGCACUCUGGAUCGCUUACUGCUCCAUCAAAACCGGAUACAAUGGAUUCAUCAGCUGGCCUUCCAUGACCUGCGGCGCCUGACUACUCUCUACCUGUUUAACAACUCCCUCCAAGAGCUAGAGGCUGAGACCCUAGCCACGUUGCCAGCUCUUGAAUACCUACGCCUUAACGACAAUCCAUGGGAGUGUACAUGCAGAAUCCUGCCACUUUGGGAAUGGCUGAAGCGCUUUCGAGGCUCGACAUCUUCUGUGGUUUGUGUGACUCCACCUGAAUUCGCUGAGAAGGAUUUGAAGCAGAUGAUGAAGGAAGAUUUGCCGACAUGCACCGGUUCUGAGCCCAUGUACCACAGCAAAUCCAGCCAAGGAGACUUGGAGGUAUUGCCAAAGAAAGGCCAUCAUCACCGAUCACAACUACACCAUCAGUACCCUCACCUGAAUUACUGGGACCAACACUUUGACACUUCAUUAUCCACCCCUUCUUCACCCCCAGACUCAGGAUGGAACAAGAAUUGCACGAGGCAACAUGGCCGUAGGGGCAAAAUUCAGAACGAAGCACAUAACCAUAAGUAUUUGAACAGUAAGAAGAUGGGUGGUAAACAUGAUCCAUCCUUUACUGGUGAUUUUAUUAAGAGACAAAAAAAUGAUUGCAUCUCAAGGACUUCUGUAGGUCCUCCUAGUGGGGUUCAGAGAGCUACUGACAGAGCACAUUCAAUUCAGGCCUAUUCUCCACUUUCUUUUAUCUCCCUGCUAACUCUUUUUUUGACAUUUAUUCAGCACUGAGGCAACACAGCUAUUUUUUGUAACUCUAUAUGACCAACUCAUGUACUUUGGCUCCAACACUAUUGUCCAUGUGUGCGUGUUCAUGGGUGUGAGUUCUGAUCGUGUGUUAUCACUUGUGUUUGUGUCAGACAAAAAAGCAAUUAUAUCUAAAUUUCUGAGUCAGAAAUGUAACAUAAGAUUUUUUAUAUAACUGAGCUGACUUUUAUUUGUUUGAGUUCUACUUAAGACUAGUAGACUCUCACCUUGUGUUCUCUUUUUGUUGUCCUA